AUGCCGCGCGAGAUCAUCACGCUCCAGGUGGGGCAGUGCGGGAACCAGAUCGGGACGGAGUUCUGGAAGAAGCUGUGCGCGGAGCACGGCAUCAGCAAGGACGGCACCCUCGAGGAAUUUGCCACCUCCCAGGCCGGGGACCGCAAAGACGUCUUCUUCUACCAGGCGGACGACGAGCACUACGUCCCGCGCGCGCUCCUGCUCGACCUCGAGCCCCGCGUGAUCAACGGCAUUCAGACGAGCGACAUCCGCAACCUGUUCAACACGGAGAACAUAUUCCUGUCGGACCACGGGGGGGGUGCGGGGAACAACUGGGUCGACGGGUACGAGCAGGGGCGCGACUGCGCGGAGGACAUCCUCGACAUGGUGGACCGCGAGGCGGACGGGUCGGACUCGCUCGAGGGCUUCGUGCUGUGCCACUCGAUCGCGGGCGGCACCGGGUCGGGCAUGGGGAGUUACCUGCUGGAAGCCCUGUCCGACCGGUACCCGAAGAAGCUGGCGCAGUCGUACUCGGUGUUUCCGAACCAGAACGAGACCUCGGACGUCGUCGUGCAGCCGUACAACUCGCUGCUGACGCUCAAGCGCCUGACGCUGAACUGCGACGCCGUGGUGGUGCUGGACAACACGGCGCUGAACCGGAUCGCCGUCGACCGGCUGCACAUCCAGAACCCGACGUUCGCGCAGACGAACUCGCUCGUGUCGACCGUGAUGGCCGCGUCGACGACCACGCUGCGCUACCCCGGGUACAUGAACAACGACCUCGUGGGGCUGGUGGCGUCCCUGAUCCCGAUCCCGCGGUGCCACUUCCUGAUGACGGGGUACACGCCGCUCACGCUCGACGGCGAGCAGGCCGCGCCCGCGACCGCGACCGUGCGGAAGACUAGCGUGCUCGACGUCAUGCGCCGCCUCCUGCAGCCGAAGAACACCAUGGUCUCCGCGCACGCGCGGAGCAGGGAGCUCGCGACCUCGAAGUACAUUUCUAUUCUCAACAUCAUUCAGGGCGAAGUGGACCCGACGCAGGUGCACAAGUCGCUCCAGCGGAUCCGGGAGCGCCACCUCGCGCCGUUCAUCGAGUGGGGGCCCGCGUCGAUCCAGGUGGCGCUGUCGCGCAAGUCGCCGUACGUGCACACCCCGCACCGCGUGUCGGGCCUCAUGAUGGCCAACCACACCAGCAUCCGCCACCUGUUCCGGCGGAGCCUGAGCCAGUACGACAAGCUCAUCAAGAAGGGCGCGUUCCUCGACCGCUACGCGAGCGUCGAGAGCUGGCAGGGGGACAUCCGGGACGAGUUUGCUGACGCCCGCGAGAUCGUCGAGGGCCUCGCGGAGGAGUACGGCGCGUGCGAGCGCGCAGACUACCUGCAGAGCAGCAUGUACCAGUCCGCGGCUCCCGGGCAGGACCCGAGAGACCCCCGCGGGGGCAUGUGA